GCUCGGCCGGCCGCGCCCGGAGCGCGGGGCUCUCACGGGCCGCUCCGCCCAUGGCCUCCCCGCUGGAGGACCCCAUCCUGAUCCGGCCUUUCCACGGCCACACGGCGGCGGUGACGGGCGUCGCCUUCGACGCGAACGCGGCGGGGCUGGUUACCUGCUCUGUAGAUAGGCUGCUUAUAUUGUGGAAGCUGACGACGCAGUGCAGAGCCUACAGAUUUGAAGGCCAUGCAGAAGCAGUGACAAGUGUAGACUUCUCGCCAGAUGGGCAGGUGCUGGCUUCAGCUUCUCAUGAUCACACUGUCAGGCUGUGGAUUCCUUGCAUUUAUGGAGAAUCAUCAGUACUGAAAGGUCAUACAGCAUCUGUUCGGAGUGUGAACUUCUCCCAUGAUGGCUGCUCUGUAGUUUCAGCAUCCAAUGAUAAAUUAAUAAAAAUAUGGAGUGUUAGCCAUCAGCGCCUUUUGUUUACCCUAUUCCAACACACUGGUUGGGUUCGCUGUGCCAAAUUUUCACCUGAUGGAAGAUUAAUAGCGUCUUGUAGUGAGGACAAAUCUGUUAUCAUCUGGGAUACAAGAAAUAAAAUUUGUGUUAAUAGUUUCUCAGAUUAUGAAGGAUUUGCAACUUUUGUGGAUUUCAACCCAAGUGGAACAUGUAUAGCUUCUGCAGGUUCCAAUAACACAGUGAAACUAUGGGAUAUUCGAACAAACAAACUGCUGCAACAUUUCAAAGUUCACAGAGCAGGGGUUAAUUGUAUAUCAUUCCAUCCUUCUGGUAACUACCUCAUCACUGCUUCUACUGAUGGUACCCUUAAGAUUCUGGACCUCUUAGGAGAAAGACUUAUUUACACUCUUCAUGGACACAAGGGACCUGUACUUUGUGUGGCUUUUUCAAAAGGUGGCGAAAAAUUUGCCUCAGGUGGAAUGGAUACUCAGGUAUUUCUAUGGAAAACCAAUUUUGAUACUUUGGAUUAUGAAGAAGUUCUCAAACACAAUUUUAGAAGAACACAUAUUGAUGAUCCUCCUCAUCUUCUUGAUAUUUACCCAAGGUCAUCUCAUCUCCAUGAAGAUGAAAAUCUUAAUACAGUUGAGGUCGACCCUACCUUUGAUGUGCCUGACAAACAAGCACCUGACCCAGUUGUCAUCAAUAUUAGACCGGUUUCAGGUAUCAGUACUCCUGAUACUGGCAGAAAUGAAGAACUGAGGAGUCCCUCUGCUUCUCCCUCGGCAAGAAGUUCUAAAAGGAAGGUGGAGUUUGAGAGUGGGUCAGCUGAGCAGAAUGUGGAACAGCAGAGAGGCAUCUCCUCCUCCUUGAGCAGGGUUUUGGACCACAUUGUGGGGCAGCUGCAUUUGUUAACUUUAACUGUUUCAAUCCUGGAACAACGUCUUACUUGUGCUGAAGAUAAAUUGAAAGAAUGCAUAAAAGAUCAGCAAAAAAUGUUAAGUGAAGACACAACUAAUAAAAUAUGAAAACUAUAUUGAUGAAUAUGUUUCAUAAAAUCUCAAGGAAUGCUUCUUCACUGGAUUUUGCUAUAUGCAAAAACAUCAAAUCAAAGUAAUAAAAAUGUAAGAAAUUUUUUUUAAAAAGUUUCAAACAUUGGUAGCAAGCAGAUAUUCUGGUUAUCUAUUCAAUGAAGUGUAGCCCAAUCAAAACUAGUAUUUUGUAAAUCAUUUCCAUUGAACAUUACAGGACUCUUAUUUCAAACUAACAAGAUGUUUGAAUAUAACUAAGCCACAAACGACAUAAUUUUAGAUGAAUUGCAGUUAUUGUGCAGGUUACCACUCUGUAGAUUUUUAAACUCAGGCAAGGGUUGUGAAAAUAAUGUUCUUUGGCUAAGACAACAUUACUUAAACACCUAAAUAAAAUUAGACAUAAUGCCAAAAAUACUAGAGGUGUUCUUUGUCCCUUACAUAUGCUCAAGUAGUGAGUUAUUCUGUGUCUUCUAAACAUUUUGGUAAUGAUUGCAAGAAGAUGCAGUGAGAAAACUUCUAGUGACAAAUACAAAAACUAAGUCAUUUAAACUUUGAAGCUAUAAUUGCAUCUAUGUGUAUUCAGCUGCAAAACUGAUGUAUUUGAACACUUCUGCUUAUCUCAUCCCCAUCAAAAUUCUUUUUUCAUGUUUACAAAAACAUAAAUCAGCUUUAUACUUCUGAAGAAUAUAUUUGAACCAAGCACAAAAUUAUGCAAAAUCUAGGUCAUAAAUACAAAAGAUUCCUAACAGAAUCUUAACAGAAUGUCCACAUGUGCUCAAGCUUUGCAUGCUAUGAAUGUACCCCAUCAGGUAAUGCAUUGUGAAUGCAGACAUAAGUCGGGAAAAACUUUGUACUGUAUUAUGAUUUGGGUUUUAUUUUUAAUAAAAAUGCAAUUCUUAGAAAGAUGAUUUUAGGUCUUAUUUUUUAAUGGAAAAUAUUUAUUUUCUUUUUGUCUAUGUUAUUCUUUUAAACGGCAAUUGCACAACACCUGUUGUAAAUCCACAGUCAAAACUAGUUAAUCAUCCAUUUCUGUAACUUUACAUAUAUGGUGAAAAAUAGGACACUUGAAAUGGGGGGAGCAUUUUAAUCCAAUUCUGCAACUGACUGUAUAUAGAUAAAGCCCAUUUCCAAGGCUGAACCUCAUUAACAUCAACAGAGUUCAACUUUAGUACACAAGCUCGCUGUGCAAAUAUGACUGCAGUUCAAGCCACAGAAACGUGCAGUCAAUUUUUCUUGUAUAACUUACUUUUCUCUCUCGACAACCACCUUCAGAUAGCCAGACAUCACCUCACUUCCUUGGUUAACUCUAGUUUUUACCAAUAGGUACUCCAUAUUUGCAGCUCAGUCUUGAGCACUACUGGUUAUGGCAAAGAAGCAGCCUCUUAUAAAAUUUUUGGAUGCAACUGUUUCUAGGCAGCAUCCUAACCACAGAUUUUUUGUCAAAGGAUGUUCUUAUGUAUUCCACCCUGACCUUUGAUUAUGCAAUUGUUUAUACUACUAUAUAACACAGAGUUAUGUAAAU